AGCAGACCACGUCCCACAUCCAAGCGCUGGGUCGCCAUCGAGACUGGCAAUCCGCUGUGGCGUUGCUGCAGCAGCUGCGACAGGUCCAGCUCCAGCCCUCAACGGUGACCCACAACGCGCUGGGCAACGCUUGCCGCUGUCAGUGGCCGAUGACGCUACAGAUCUGCGGGAGAAACUUGGAGCCGGAUCUCAUCUCUUGUAACACCAUGCUGAACGCCUUGGCUACGGCCACCCGCUGGCAUACCUCCCUGACGCUGAUGGAUGCCAUAUGGUCCCCGGAUGCCUUCAGUUACAACUCCGCUCUGUCCGCGCUGCAGGGCUUGGAGGACCAAUGGUUUCGGGCACUGGCCGUGAUGGACACGAAGGCUUUCCAGCCGGAUUUGGUGACGUUCACAUCCAUCGCCAGCAGCUGUGCCAAAGCGCUGCAAUGGCAAUCCGAUGUGGCAUUGCUUUCUUCGUUGCAGAACUCAGCCACAGAAAUUGACUUGAUCACCUUCAACGCUCUCAGCAGUUGCUUCGGCACUGGAUCCGCGCCUGCGUUCCAUGGUUGGCGGAAAUGUCAGGUGCUUCUCAGCAUCGGCCUGCGCCGCGACAGCAUCAGCUUCGGUGCCAUGGUGAGCUGCGCGGCAUGGCCUGCGGCGCUGCAGGGGCUGCAAGGGAUGCAGCAGGUGUCCGUAAGACCCACCAGGGUCACCUGGAACUCCCUGGCACAACGCCUUGCCGAAGCCCAGCUCUGGCUUCGCACCUUUCUCCUCUUGGGCCACGAUGGCGUCGACGCCAUCAGCUUCAACACGGCCAUCUGCGCCGUGAAAAACACGGCGCCUUCGGCCUGGGGCACCUGGCAGCAGGGCUGGCAAUGCUUCAGCCGGAUGGCGAUCCAGUCGCUCCGUGCGGAUGCCUUCACCCUGACUGCCCUGAUGAGCGGCGGCAGCGGACAGGAGGGCGGGUGGCAGCGCGCGUUGUCAUUGUUGGAGCUUCCAACGAUGACAUCGCUGCCAUCGCUGAACGCCGCCAUUUCCUGCUGCGUGGACGGCAGCGCUUGGCAGUGUGCACUAGUUCUUUUCGAGAUGGCCGACAGUCUGGCCCCAGAUCUGGUCGCCUAUGCUGGGGCAAUUGCUGCAUGCCAUCACGGGAGGCAACCUGAUGCCGCAUGGAGCUUGUUGGAAAGGUUGGAAGAGGACUUGCUGGAGCCGGACCUGGUGAUCUUCUCCUCGCUUUUCAGCGCCUGCGGAGCCUCUCGAGCAGAGCAGCUGCUGCAGCGCAUGGGGCGGCAACGCUUGGAGAUGAAUUUGGUGCUGGGAAAUGCGGUGAUCAACAGCUGUGAAAGUUGGGAAGAAGCGUUGGCUUCUUUACGCGAAUUCGAAGAGCAGUCUUUGCGCAUGGAUCUAGUGUCCUAUAACUCAGUCCUGCACGCCAACACUGGUUGUGUCUUGUGGCAAGCCGGUGUUUCUUGGGUGGAGGAGGCCAACUGCAGGACCUUGCGCUCCGACGCCGUGACCAGCAGCACCUUGAUGUCAGCCCUGGGGAGGACCGGACGCUGGCGGCAGGUGCUAGAAAUGACCCGUGGCGGUUGUGGUUGUGGUGACGAUGGCAGCCGGCUGGUGCUGAAGAACGGCUGCAUGGCAUCAGCCUCCUCGGGCAGCUGGUCCUGGGCUCUGGCGUCCUUCGUGCAACUCGUGGACGAAGCCCUGCGGCCUUCGGAGACGUCCUACGGCUGCGUGGUGAAUGCAUGUGAGAAGGGACAGAGGUGGUCCCAAGCGAUUUUGGUCUUUGCAGAAGUCUUCAGCUGCGCCAGCUGCAACGCGGCCAUGAUGGCGUGUGCAGCCGGGGGUCAGUGGCAAGAAGCCUUGGGUUUGGUGGAGCUCUGCAACGGCUGCAUGGAUAUCAUUGGCAUCAGUGCUGCCAUUGCCACUUGGAGAUGAGGCAUGUGAGCGAGGAACUGCUGUACGGCUUCGUCAUGUGAUGUCCUUGCUGUCGCUGGCACAAGGACUCACUGUGGCCACGUUGAAACCGGCGCGGUGAAAA